AUGUCUUCUGCCGCCAUGAACCUCACGCCAGCCCCCGGGAGUCUGUACCCCGAGCAGACCACUAGAGUCAUCAUUCCAGCAACUGUUUCUGCUAUGUAUACGAAGCGCCUUUACCUACGUCCUGUGCAGUUGUCAGAUGCGUCAGACAUUUUUGAAUACCGUUCCAGACAAGAUGUAGCGAACUACCUUUGGCCUAAAGUACCCCACAAGGAAGUAAAGGAAACAGAGAACUCGAUCACCAAAAUGAUCUUCCGAACGCCCGAUGCCUCAGGAGCGGUCGGACGACAAUUCGCAUUCGCUAUAAUCCAACGAGAUGAUCCGUCGCAGAAAGUCAUUGGUAUGGCAAGCGUCAACGCCCUCGUGCCGGCACCAUCUAUUGGCUUCGGGAUGCACCCCAACUACUGGAACAAAGGAUAUGUCAGUGAAGCGGUGGCGGGGGUCAUAGAUGCUUGGUGGAGACUCGAUAGAAAGGAGCUGGAGUCUAUCGUUUUGGCGACCCCACCCGAGCGUCUUUUUGCAGCGUGUAACAAGGCAAAUGUAGGCAGUAUGAAGGUGCUGUUGAAGAAUAGGUUUGAGCUCUACCAAGAAGUGCAACUGGAGGGUGAUACUGUCGCACUUUUUGUACAAGACAAACCAUAG